AGAAUGGAAGUUUUCAGACAGCCUUUCAUGAAAGUUGUUAAACUGUAAGCCACAGACUGCCUGCUCGGUGCCAACAACAACAACGACACAUAACACGAUCAUCAAAAUGCAACGACAGUAAUUGUGAAAGAAAAGUAAUUCCUCAAAAUCAGAAAGGUCUAUUACUAAUCUUCUAAUACUAACACUCCUGUCAACUUGAAGCACGUCUGUAGAGACUUUAUGAUAGAGCCCGACCAACUGACGUCACUCCUACUAGUAUAAAAAGGUGCGACGCGCUCGUUUCAGCAUUCAAACCUUCAGCCUCAGAGCUACACAGCAGCAGAGGAGGAGAGGAGAGAGAGAGAAGGAAAAGAAAAAGAAGAACAUCAGACAAAGUCUUUGGAGUAUGAACAGACUUACAUUAGCGGCUUUCCUCUUGGCACUGGGGUUUCUUGUCUGCGAAGGUAACCCAUGUUGCUCAGACCCAUGCCAGAACAGGGGCGUUUGCACUGCACUUGGAUCAGACAACUACGAGUGUGACUGUACACGAACAGGGUUUCAUGGACAUAACUGCACGACCCCGGAAUUCCUCACGUGGCUCAAAAUCUCCUUGAAGCCAUCCCCAAACACGGUCCACUACCUGCUCACCCACUUCAAGGGCUUCUGGAACAUCAUCAACAACAUCUCAUUUCUCCAGGAUGCCAUCAUGAGAUACGUGCUGACAUCCCGAUCCCACCUGAUUGAUAGUCCUCCAACUUACAAUGCGGAUUACAAUUACAAAAGCUGGGAAGCCUAUUCGAACCUUUCCUACUACACGCGCACCCUCCCCCCUGUACCUGAGAAUUGCCCAACCCCUAUGGGAGCAGUAGGUAAGAAGGAGCUUCCUGAAGCCAAGGUACUCGCUGAGAAGCUUCUGAUGAGAAGACAGUUUAUCCCGGAUCCACAGGGAACCAGCCUGAUGUUUGCUUUCUUUGCUCAGCAUUUCACCCACCAGUUCUUCAAAUCUGAUAUGAAGAAGGGGCCUGCUUUCACCCUCGCCAAAGGUCACGGGGUGGACCUCAACCACAUCUACGGAGACAAUCUGGAGAGGCAACACAAGCUGAGACUCUUAAAGGAUGGCAAGCUUAAAUAUCAGGUCCUGGACGGAGAAGUGUACCCCCCUACAGUAAAAGAAGUGGGUGCUGAAAUGCACUACCCCCCUCAUGUUCCUGACUCACACCGCUUUGCCGUGGGUCACGAGGCAUUCGGCCUGGUCCCAGGUCUGAUGAUGUACGCAACCAUCUGGCUAAGGGAACACAACCGAGUGUGUGACGUGUUGAAGGAGGUCCACCCCGACUGGGACGAUGAGAGGCUCUUUCAGACGACUCGCCUGAUUCUGAUCGGAGAGACUAUCAAGAUCGUGAUCGAGGACUACGUCCAGCACCUGAGCGGCUAUCACUUCAAGCUCAAGUUCGACCCCGAGCUGCUGUUCAACCAGCGCUUCCAGUACCAGAACCGUAUUUCAUCCGAGUUCAACACCCUGUACCACUGGCACCCUCUGAUGCCCGACACGUUCCACAUUGAGGAGCAGGACUACAACUACAAACAGUUUGUCUUCAACACGUCUGUGGUGACAGAGCACGGCAUCAGCAACCUCGUGGAGUCGUUCUCCAAGCAGAUUGCAGGACGGGUUGCCGGUGGUAGAAAUGUCCCAGGACCUAUCAUGUAUGUGGCCAUUAAGUCCAUUGAAAACAGCAGACAGAUGCGCUACCAGUCUCUGAACGCCUACAGGAAGAGAUUCAACAUGAAGCCCUACAGUUCUUUUGAGGACAUUACAGGAGAGAAAGAAAUGGCCGCUGUGCUAGAAGAGAUGUACGGACACGUGGACGCUGUGGAGCUCUACCCGGGUCUGUUGGUGGAGAAGCCCAGAGCUAAUGCUAUCUUUGGCGAGACCAUGGUUGAGAUGGGAGCUCCUUUCUCCCUCAAGGGCUUAAUGGGAAACCCCAUCUGCUCCCCGGAGUACUGGAAACCGAGCACCUUUGGAGGCAGCGUGGGCUUCGACAUCGUCAACACCGCCUCCCUGCAGAGGCUGGUCUGCAAUAAUGUCCAAGGCCCAUGUCCUGUGGCAUCCUUUCAUGUGCCUGAUGUUAAAGAGACGGGGUCUAUGAUCAUCAACUCAAGCACAUCCCACUCACGUGGCGGAGAUAUCAACCCAACUGUCAUUUUGAAAGAAAGGACUACUGAGCUCUAAUUUUUAGAAUGUAUUUGCUAAUAUUUGUAUUUAUGUAUGUAUUUAUUUUGUAUUUAUUUCUAUAUUUAUUGUCUAAUAUUUAUGUAAUAAUGUUUGAAAAAAUGCAACAGGAUUUUUAUAAGUACAUUUUGUAUGUUUUUGACCGGUGUUCAGGAACUAUGGUCUGGUUGUUUUAUUUAUUGGAAGAUGAAUUGUAUCAUAAGUUAUUGUUACAGAAAUGACCUCAGUCAGUGAAACUUGAUACUUGAAGAUUGUUUACAGUUGAAACUACAUAGUAGCUCGCAUAUCUGUCAAUUCAUGUUCUGUUUACUGUGCAGACAGUGUUACAGUAGCACAGUAUAGUCAUUUACAGUCAACUCAGUGAGCGAUCUAGAAUUACUAUGAUCUAAUUUAGCAUUCAGUACAGUGCAUCACUAUUUCAGUAUUGUUCUGUGAACUGGAUCGGGUCAUUUGAAAUGACAUAAAUAACUGAGUCUAAGCUGCACUGUCAAUUAGAACUACAUGAUCUUUUAUACAAAAUGUAGGAUUCAGAAUCAGUGGCUUAAAACAGCCAUGUACUGUAGUUUGUCAGUUUUGUUCUCAAUGCCAAUUAACUUGCAAUGGUGAAACUAAUAAAUGCUUCCAAAAAUGGAGCACAUUUCUCAGAA